AUGAAAGCUGUAGUAGAUAUGGUCAAUAAGAAGAGGCGUAGGAAGCGUGGCAAGGCUCUGCCGCUUGAGCAGCCUAACGAGUACUAUGGAGGACAGAAAGAGGCUGAGGAGAAUAGCUUGAGUAAAGGAGAAGCCACGGCAUGUGGUCCGUGCUCCGGAAUCGCGAGCUGA